AUGAAAUCAAUUAAGUGUUUGCUUACUAAGGAAAAAAACUACUUAAAAAAUAAAUUUUCAGAGGAAUUUAUUUAUAAAGUUGGAGUUAUAUGUUCAGAAUAUUUGGGUGGUGAAUGGGAAAAUAUAAAUAUAAAUAAUAUCAAUAUACAAAAUAUUACUGGUGGUAAUACAAAUUAUGUUUUUAAAAUAUCAUUAAAUGAUAUAAAAGUUACUCCUGUUUUAUUGAGAAUUUAUGGAACUGAUUGUGACGAAGAAAUUUUUAAGGAUACAUUAUUGUUUUCAAUUUUAUCUGAAAAAGAAUUAGGGCCAAAAUUUUUAGGAUACUUUCCUGGGGGUAGGCUUGAAGAAUUUAUUGAAUCAAGAGCAUUAACAACAGAGGAAUUUGGUUACCCAUCUAUUUUAAAAGUUUUGGCUAGAAAAGUUGCUUGUAUACACUCUUUAAAAGUUCCUUUACCAAAAAAAUCACAAAUUUUUGAAAUGAUUAGAAGUGAAAUAAAAAAAAUUAAAGAUGCCACUACAUCAGAUCAUUUUAUUAAAAUUUUAACAACAAAAGUUUUUAAUUUAAAACAUCCAUUAGGAGUUACUAUACAACAAUUAGAAGAAGAAGUUACAUUAAUUGAAAAUUUUGUAAAACAAUUUAAUUUUAAUAUUGUUUUUUCUCAUAAUGAUAUAUUUGAAGGAAAUGUGAUUAUACGAAAUAAUACAAAACUUGAAAGAAAUAAAAUUUUUUCAAAUGAUGAAAAUAAUUCUAUUAUUAUUAUUGAUUAUGAAUAUAGUUGUUAUAAUUAUAGGGGAUUUGAUUUUGGUCAAAUUUUUUGUGAAACCGGUAUUAGUUAUGAUGCAAAUUUUUUACAUGGUUAUGAAAUUAAUCAAGAAUUAAUGACAAAUAAUGAAAACAAUCUUAUUUUUAUAAAUGAAUAUGUUAAAGAAAUUAAUAAAUUAAACAAUAUAAUGAUUUCAGGAGAACAAUUUGAAAAAGAUGUAUCACAAUUAUUAUUUGAAGCAAAACUAUUUAUUCAAAUCGUAAAUUUAUAUUGGGGUGUUUGGAAUAUUCGUCAAGGUCUUGUAUCAACAGUCAAAACAUAUAAUUUUACGAUGCAUGGAUUAGAUAGAUUAGCUUUAUAUUAUGAUAAACAACAUGAAUUGUUGAAUGUUAAAUAA